GGCAACUUCGCUACAGGAACCGACAGAUCUCUUUAACAAAACGAUUUUAAAUACAGGCUGGCAAAUACUUUUUUUUCUUUACACCAAGUCAUGAUGUCAUCCCAAAUUUUAGUGUCGCGACCCCAUUUUGACACGCGGAUCGUGGCACAGAAUGGCUCACAACCACCGGUCACAAACCCGGAGACCACCGUUAAGGAAAACGUUUACGCGGGGACAUCCGCCGGUCUGGCCACUGCGGGCUACCGGAGCGCCAAAUACACCCCCGGAGAGUGGAUCAACAAUAACUCUGAUAUAUUAACCCGAGCAGUUGCGAACCGAAACCACGCGGAGAAUAUUUGCAACGAGUCCAAAACGCUGAAAGCGGACACCGACGCCGGGACUUUACGCACGCAGACUGAGGGCACCAAACAGCUGGGCGCGCGGCUGCAGGACAUCCACCGCUAUAGAUCCGAGUUGGAGCUGUUUAUCGAGCGGCUGAACGCAGAAACAGACCUACUGAUUGGCUGCAGGAGGCGGCUGGAAAAAGCGCUGGACGCCACGGAGAUCCCCUUCGCCAUCGCCACCGAUAACCUGACCUGCCGAGAGAGACGCUUCGGACCGGAUCUGGUGGAGGACCAGGUGGAAGAGGAACUUCUAAAGGAGGUGGAGCUGAUUAGAAGCAUCCAGGCCCUGCUGAAGAAAACUCUGGAUCAAACCCUCAACCAGAUCAGGCUGAACCGGGACGUGAAGCAGACUCUUGAGUUAGACUGGUCUGACAAACAGCAGGCAUACAGUCUGGAUGACCAGUGUGGACGCUAUAACAACAGGAGCACGGACACACAAUGGCAUCCCAGCUCAGCAGUGCUGCAGGACCAGGUGUGUGAUGAGGAGGUGUGGCGUAAGUUUACUUGGGAUAACCUGCGGCUGGCAGAGAGAGAGGAGGUGGCGAGCCAGGCCUUGAGGCGGCUGUCUGAGCGGGUGCUGCAGGAGACGGCUGAGGACCUGCGGGCACAGUGUGCCACUGUAGAUCAGGCAUUCAUUCAGCGCUGCAUGGAACUGAGCCAGGCCAAAACACAGCUGGAGCUGCACCUGGGACAGAUUCUGGAUCAGAUCGGGGCUCAGGAGAGGAAUAUCUCAUACUUGCAGCAAGCUGUCUAUGAUAAAGAAGCUCCACUCAGAGUGGCUCAAUCCAGGUUGCAUUACCGGACCUUCAGACCCAACAUGGAGCUGUGCCGAGACCAGCCGCAGCUCAGUCUGUUAGGUGAAGCAUCAAAUCUCAGCAGUACAGUAUCAGCCCUGCAGCAGCAGCUCUAUGAAGCGCGCAAAUCUUUGUCUGACCUGGAGGAGAGUCGAAUGACCCUGGAGAAAGACAUCGCUUGCAAAACAAACUCUCUCCUCAUCGACCGAGAGAAGUGUAUGACGCACCGCACACGCUACCCUACCAUCACAGCGCUGUCUGGAUACUGACACACUCUCAUAAUAUUCCCUCCUCAACAGGACAUCUGGGUCUGUUAGACAGUGACUUCCAGUGGCCUGCAGUGUGUGUGUCCAUAUUCUGUUUUGUUGUUGUUGUUUUUUUGCAGUGAUUAUAUUUGUCCUCUGGUUUUAAAGAAAAUGCUUUUAAAGAUUUUUUUUUUUCAAAAGCAAUCAUUCUAGUAUUAAAUGAUAUAUUAUUAUAAUAUUUAUUAAAUGUUUUAUUGUGUCUCUUA